CGAACCGGCCCAACUCAAACAUGUGCGUGCUUUGUCUACCAUGGUCCAUGGAGCCUGAAAUGAACUCGAAGAACCGAUCCCAAUUCUUCAGAUUUCUCCAAUAAUUUUCAUAAACAGAAUAUGGAUUCAGCUACACCCACACCCAAAACCCUAGAAGCAGAGAAUCCGCCAUCUUCUUCUUCUUCUGGCAGUUGGAAUUGGAAGGAGCAGGUUUUCAUCCCAACUCUCCUGGCAGGGGUUGUUGGAGGUGGAAUUGGGUUAGUGUCGAAGCAUCGAAAAGUUCAUGGUCUCGCCAACAUUUCUGCUACUUACGCUACUAAUUUCGCUAUCGUAACUGCUUGCUAUUGCGGGACGCGUGAGUUGGUAAGAGAAACUCGUAAAUCAGACCCAGGUGAUCUUUUCAACUCUGCAAUUGCUGGUGUUUUUAGCGGUGCUAUUCUCGGCCGUCUUCAGGCUGGUCCAGUUGGUGCUGCCCGAUACUCGGCCAUGUUUGCUGUCGCCGGAACAACGUUAGACUAUGCUUUCAGCAGACUAAAAGAUGAAUUGAGAGAUUAUACUGAAUCUAUGUCGGAGGACAAGAACAAAAGUUGGUUUAAAUUGCCUGACUGGUCUCCAAUCAAAGUGCUUGACGAGGAAGAACUUGCUGCAAAACAGGCUCGGGAAAAGCAGCUCUAUGCGCAGAGGGCACUUGGUAAACUUAACAAAGAAGAGUCUUGAGAAUAGUUACCUUUUGAUUCUCAAGUUUUGUUCAUGUUCAUUUGCAUGUCUCGAAUUUUGUUCUAGUCGACUAGUCAUUGGAAGGCAAGUUUUGACGUCAAUAAGAUAGUUGAUGUUGUAUUAAACGUACAAUUUAUACACAGCAUGGAAAAGUUUUACACAUUUAUUGGGAAUUGUUGAAAAGGAUUAUCCUA